AUGCGUUUCUCGUUCCUGUCAUCGCUGCUGCUCGUCGGAGCUAGCGCCGUCUCCGCUGCCUCGUCCUGGGGCUUCGACGAGGCCACGCUGACCGUCACCUCCAAGGGCUCAGGCGUCGGCAGCGGCCUGAAGGAGAAGUUCGGUCCCAAGUCUCCGCUCGAAAAGCCCGUCGAGUUGGGCCCGUCGGACACGCUGAAGCUCGUCCUCACUACCCUCGAUGGCAAGAAGGCCCAGCGCCCGCACCAGGCAUUCCUGACCCUUACCGAGCCCACCACCGGCUUGGAGGACUCGUUCGCUCUGAGCGUCAAGGACAAUGGCAAGGGCAAGGUCGAGCUGACGCAAAAGGAUCUCCCGGUCCAAUUCCUCACCACCACCUCCCCGGUCAAGGCCUAUCUCGUUAUCGCUUCCUUCGGCUCCUCUACCCCCUACAAGUCCGCCGUCUUCGACCUCGACGUGCAGCGCGACCCGAACACGCCGCUGGCGAUUCCCGAACCGCCGGUGCGCUACGGCAAGAAGGCCGAGAUUCACCACAUCUUCAAGCCCGACCCGACCAACCCGCCUAAGGUCAUUACCCUCGUCUUCACUGCCGCCGUCGUCGCCGCUCUCCCCGUGCUCUUCGGCGCCUGGGCCGUUCUGGGCGCCAACAUCUCCCACGCUCCCAAGGCCUUUGGCGCCGCACCGGUCUCGCACGGUCUGUUCUUCGGCUCCAUCGUCGCUCUUGAGGGCAUCUUUUUUCUCUACUACACCGCCUGGAAUCUUUUCCAGACUCUUCCGGCCGCCGCCGCCGUUGGCCUUGUGGCCUACAUCAGUGGCAGCCGUGCCCUGUCUGAGGUCCAGGAGCGGAGACUUGCUGGCCAGAGAUAA